CUUUCCCGUGUCAAUGGAAGACCAACGUCGUGUCAGCAGGAUAGGGAGGGAGUUUAAGCCUCGCCUCCCCCAACGGCAAAAGACGAUUGGCCAAGAGUUGUAGCCGGUGCAACUGGAGGGUUGGUUAUUCAAGGAGACAGACGAUGUGGGAGGAGAUGAGCUGGAGGACUUGGCAGCUUCUGAGGUAAUUGAGGAGGGAGCGCUACCGGCAGGGCGAGGGUGUGACUAUGGAACAUCUGCAUUACAGCAAACUGAGAUGGUUAGGUAAUAAGUUAUGGCAACUCUCCAGUGUUCCAGAUGAUCUUCUGGAUUAAGAACCUACUUAGAGUAAUGUUUGAACAAGCAGCAUUGACUAUGGAAUCAUUGCUUUGGUCAAGCAAGCCUUAUGGUCCCAACAGAAGUCUUGUAAGGAAAAUUGGCACCAACCUCUCUCUGAUACAAUGUCCAAGAGUUCAGUUUCAGCUUACUUCUCAGUCUGCAGAAGGCAGUCAUUCUAACCAUUUGAGAGAAGAUGGAGUAGCUUCCCUUGCAGAUGUAGGGUGGGUUGCUGAAGAAGGUGGCGAAGUCUCUACACGGCUCAGAUCAGAAGUCUGUUCAAAAUCCCAACCACACUCUAGAGGUGAAGGCUGCUCAAGAAGAGAUCUAGAUACUCAAGUACCUGUGCCAAAGCAGUUGCAAGAAGAAGAUGACUCCAAGACUGCUGUGGCCACAAAUAAUGAAGCUUUGCAGAAAAUAAAUGCAUUAGAAAAUGAACUUGCCAGUUUAAGAGCACAAAUAGCCAAAAUUGUAAGCUUCCAAGAACAGCAGAAUAUGACAGCAGCUGGAAUACAUUCUGCAGCAUCAAUGUCUGUCCCAGCAGGAGUACCAACAGCACCACCUCCACCACCCCUUCCACCUCCACCACCCCUUCCACCUCCACCACCACUUCAGCAGAGCACUUCAGCCAUUGACCUUAUUAAGGAGCGCAAAGGAAAAAGAAUAAACUCUGGACAGACUUUGACAGAUAAUGAUCCAAAGAAACCUGAAAUACCAAAUAUGCUAGAUAUUCUCAAAGAUAUGAACAGUGUAAAGCUGCGAUCAGUGAAAAGACCAGAUGAAAGCACCAAAAGAAAAGUAACUGACCCAACAGAUCCUGCUGCCCUAAUAGCUGAAGCUCUUAAAAAGAAAUUUGCUUAUCGAUAUCGAAUUGACAGCCCAAGUGAAACUGAAAAGCAGACCACAGCAUCUGAAACAAGGCUGUUUGGGCCACACAUGCUGAAGUCUACAGGAAAAAUGAAGACUCUCAUUGAGAACUCUUAAGCAGAAAAAAAUCUACGUCACAAUGGGACUUUUCCAACUGCUUUUACUUUGUUGGGAAACUUUUUUUAAAAAAAUCCAGAGGUCUGAGUUGAAAUGUACCUCUUAGUUCCACUAGUAAUUGGUUUUUAAGAAAAAAAAAUCUGUACUGUGGCAACACAGCUGUUCAGUACAGAAGUGUCCAUACUGCCGUAGGUUAUUAAUAUACAAAUAUAAGAAUGACUGACACUCUUAACUUGUGUGAACACAAUGAUAGUAAUUAGCUUAAGUUAUUAUAGUUCCAGUGUAAUAGCUGGAGUAAUGUAAGGGGAAUUUUUAAAUAUGUCUUUUUUAGCUAGUUGAACAUCUAAUUUUGAGCUACUCUUGCAUUCAGAAAUCUCAUGCUGUGUUCUCAGCUUCUUUAAAUGAAACACUCAGACUUCACUGAAGCUACUCUACCUCUUAUCAUACACUAUAAUGGAGACAGCUUCAAAACCUUAUUUAUUACUCAGCAAUAUAGACUUCAAAACAUAUAUGCCUUACUUAAUGAGCUUUCAAUGAAGCAUCUCCUGUUUUUGCAUUGCAGCAUCUUUACAGACAAUAAAUUAGCCAAAGUUUAGACUAUAUUUUUAUACAGGACUAAACACUAAUUGUGAUUUCCAAGGAAAUGGAAGUAAUGCUGUUACAGAAGAAUUGGAAUGCUACAUGUUCUGUAUUAGGAAAUUUGAGCAAAUUAUACAUUACACUUUGAUAAACUGUAUAUUAAGCUUUGCAGGGGUCUUUAAUCUCAGACUUUAAAAAGCAAGGUUACAGCACCUAGGUUACAUUUUCUUCUUCUUGGUUGUGCUGUAUGAUCCUGCCUGUCAUUUUCAGUAUUUGUACCAGCAACUUGACUAAUACUGAGCCUAGUCAGUUCAGUAGGAAUUUGCACAUUUACAGGGAGCAAACAACUGAACAAGUACAGUAUCACCCAUCCUGCUUUUUGAAAAAAAUAACUGAAAAGUUGACUUUGGAAGAGGGUAAAGUGCAGCUCUGGUUUUGUGCUGUGUAAGAUCUCAUUUCUGGAAAUGGAAAAUGAUUAUUUUCUAAAUUGAACCCAUCCUGAGGUCUUCUAAUUUGAACAUCUUAGCAAUUGUCAGUACUGGUUUUAGGAACUUGUUACUUGACUCAAACUAUAAUGGGCAAGAUCCAAUGUUGUGCCAACAGACAUGACAGGAUUUCCUCUCUUCGCUCUGCAGUCCCCCAGUCGGCUCUCCAACCCUCAAGAGCAGAUUUUGGGGAUGCAGAGGGGAAGAAAAGAAGGGGGAGUUGUUUUCACAAGCAGAAGUCUAUUGCAUAAGUGGGCUAACAUUGUUGAAUGUCACCCCAUAAGGUAAAACAAUUCACUUUUACUGUUCAGAGCUAGUUUAAUCUGGGUGGCAAAGUGCUACAUAGUAUCCCUGAAAUGUUUAAAAGCUGUCAUUUAAAUUUAUACUUUAUUUUAUGAAUUAUUUUUAAUCUGACCAUGUAAAAAUGCCACAAUAUACUUUAAAGUCAACUGUUGGCCUUUAAACUCAUUUGUAUUUUGGCCUGUACCAGUGUACAAUAUUAAAAUCAAUAAGAUACUUA